GAGUGGGGUAGGCUGGGGUUUAUUACCAUCCAUUCUUUACCGUUGCGUGGUGCCUUCCUGAACUCUCCUAAGCUCCAGGGAAGUUAUAGAGAAAAACUAAAAAGGAGAAAAAGGAAAAACCAGAGAGAGGAGAGAAAAGAGAGGAAAAUCCUAAAAACCGCAAGACAAAAAAAAAAUUCCGUCCUUGGUGUGGUUGGAUCAGUCGGAUCUCUGGGAAAGCUUUUCCUGUAGGUCUGUUGGAGUCCAUAAUUCUCCAGUGAUCCAAACACUCAGCAAAAAUAAAAAGGGAAAAUGAACAUUUUCAGAUUAGCAGGGGACAUGACCCAUCUGGCCAGUGUCCUGGUUUUGCUUCUCAAAAUUCACACCAUCAAAUCAUGCGCAGGAAUUUCUCUAAAGACUCAAGAACUUUAUGCUCUUGUUUUUGCAACUCGCUAUUUGGAUAUAUUUACCGAUUAUAUCUCACUUUAUAAUACUGUAAUGAAAUUAAUAUUCUUGGGAAGCUCGUUCUCAAUCGUUUGGUACAUAAGGCACCACAAGAUUGUUCGAAGAUCUUAUGAUAAGGAUCAAGACACCUUUCGCCAUUUUUUCCUUGUGCUUCCUUGCCUACUUUUAGCCCUAGUUAUGAAUGAGAAGUUCACUUUCCUAGAGGUAUUGUGGGCAUUUUCCUUAUACUUGGAAGCUGUUGCCAUACUUCCUCAACUGGUUUUAUUGCAAAGGACUAGAAAUAUUGACAACUUGACAGGACAAUAUGUUUUUCUCCUCGGUGCAUAUCGAGCCUUGUAUAUUUUAAAUUGGAUUUACCGCUACUUUACGGAGCCACACUAUGUCCAUUGGAUCACUUGGAUAUCAGGGCUUGUUCAAACAUUGCUUUAUGCUGAUUUCUUCUAUUAUUAUUUCCAUAGCUGGAAGAACAAUGAAAAGCUCCACCUACCAGCUUGAGAUUGUGUGAGUUAUGGCAGGCCAAGCAGUACCAAGAAAGGGAGAAGAAUAUAGGCACUUGGGGUUUUUGUUUUAUAUAUGUUCGUCUUUUUGGUUGCUUUAGUGGAUAUAUAUGUUUUCAGUUUCUCAAGGGGGUCUGUCCAUAAAAAUACCUACUCAUAAAGGUUAUUCAUUUGUGACUAUCGUUGCAAGACCCAAGUUGGGAUUGUAGUGCAAAGUAGUUUACUAUUAGGUGAGAUGAUUGAAAAUUAAGGAAUCGAUUCAAUUACUAUUAUCAAAGUUUUGUUUUAA